GCCAGGUGUUCGCUAUAAAGUUGAUUAGCUGCCGCUUUUCAGUUUUCAUUAAUAGAAAUGCGGUGUUGAUCACGAAAAAGCGUUUCUGUUUCAUUCUGGUAAAAUUGUAAAUGUUUAUAAGAUUUCAAAAAAGAGAGAAAGAGAAGCUGGUCUUUGAUUUCUAGGAGCUUUGGGAUGUUUAUUUGAUUGUUUUCAUCCCUCUGCGUGUUUUAGUUUCUACAGUCUGAGCGAGAACGUCAAUAAAAAUGGACGAUGCAAGCCAACAUCCUCAUUCAUUUGGGAGUGGAGAGCAGAGAAGUCACCAUCCCAGACCUUUUUUCUAUGUUCAGCCACCUUCUCAGCCUUAUUAUGUCUACCCUCAAUGGCAGCUCAGCAACCCGUACAAUAAUUUUGGGUUGCCUGCAGGUUUUAACCUCGGCCGUCCCUGCAUGCAUCCGUACCCAUAUGGGCCAUAUCCUGGCUUUGUUUUACCACACGCUCCGAUAUAUCCGAUGGAUUACAGGCGGAUGUUUGAGCCUCGUUUCCAACACCCUCCGGCCUGGGGUGAUGUGCCCCGUCAGCAGCAUUACCCCCAGCCUCAUGGGCGUCGAGAAACGACCUGUUCGGGAGCCCAGACUGACCCCAGCGAUGCCAUAAGCAAGCUCAUCGAAUGCUUGGAUAAAAUCCGAGUCACGGAGCUGCAGAGUGCCAACCGGGAGCUUGACUCUGGCGUUGCUUCGCACUCGUCGGGUUUGUUUUCUCCAGGAGAGAAGAAAAUGGAAGAGCGGGAUCACACCCAACCUUCAGCGCCUCAUGAUGCCUGUUUGGAGUCCCCGGUUGUGACCUUCGCCUCCACUGCGGCGGUCUACGACAGCGAGUCCAGCCGUUUGAUCUUGGACUCACCAAGUCCACAGGAGGGCUGGGCAGGACGACUAGAGGAGGAGCUGCCGCUUGACAGCUCCUCUCUCCACGAGGAGUGUUCUGAGCAGAGAUUAAACGCACACUUGAUCUCACUCGAGGAAGAGGUGGUCACAGAUAUCCAGACAAAUAUCUCGGUGUCCGACUCGAGUGUUUUCAAAUGUGAUGCUGACCUGCAGGCCGCACGAUCGUUUCCCUCCAGUAUGCUGUCACCUAACAAGGCAGAUGGUAGUGAUAAAGUCUCACAGGUGGAUCUGGGAACCUCUUGUGAUGAAGCUAAACCUGAUGAAGGCUGCCAGAUUCUGAAACUGCCCUUUGAUCGUGUUGUGACACCUGGAGGUGGGUGCCUGUCCCCUCAAUCGGCCUUGUACUACUAUAACUACCUCCCCAUGCAGGUGACGCAUGAACGCAUGAGCGUACUCAGCCCAUCUUUGGAUGAGCUCUCUUCCCGGGACGAAAUGUUCUCCACGGAUCUGGAUGAUGAUCUUUUUCCGAAGCGCGUGUACACUGGUAACAAGCUCACGGACUUCUCUGGUUCCCCUCAAGCAGCAGACGAUCCCCUCAAACUGUGGCUGCCGUAUACAAAAAGGGUCGUCUGUUCUUGUUGUGGGAGAAGUCUUGCAAAAGGAGCAGCGAGGAGCAAAGUCCACAGCUCCAGAAUGCACCGGGACGAAGCUGAAGACUCUGAAGAGGAGGGCAGGCACGGAAGAGGGUGCGAGCAGCCUCUCCGAGUGGUUGUGAGGAAGCAUUCUACACCCAGGAAGACUCAACCCACGCCACAGAGACACACAGCUAAGCCUUGGUGUAAAAGAAGCCAGCACAAAGAGCUGUCCGAGCCGGCGAAGCAAGGGGAACAUCAGGCAGAGGCUGCUGAAACUGGGACUGAAGAGUUGGACAGCAGCGAGCUGCAGUGUUGGACAUGUCAGGAAGGAGACUGCAGAGAAGAUCUGAGCAUAACGGAUGGAUGGACUGAGGGAGACGUAAUUCCAAGGAGGAGACAAGCAGGACCGCUGCAACGACAAGAGAUGAGCCCUCAGUGGAAACUGAUGUACCACAGACCUAAAGAUGAGGACCAUAAUGACGACGAGGCACUGCUGUUACACUGGGAAAGAGGCUCUAAAGUAAGAGAACCGAGAUGUUGAUGUUCCUCGACAGACUUUUGAACAAAACGUUGAACUGUCCCCCUAAAAGGUGUGAGGGAUGAAGAUAUUUAGAGCACCAGGUGAAGUGCACCGCACGAGAAGCAUCACGUUGUUCAAAAAGAAAAAAAAAAGUUUUGCAGUUACUCUGCUCUUACACUACUCAAAACUGAAUAUCACAAAAAUGGGCUGAAAGGUUGUUGCCAAAGUUGUGCCACUGUUUGGGGCAGUCCAAUAAAAAUAAUAAAGUUU